AUGGCAGUUGCUGCUGGGAGCUAUAGAGGUUUCCAAUACGGAGUUAACAAUAGUGUGGAUAUUUUACAUUACGCAGAUGACACGAUCAUUCUAGGAGACGAUAAGCUUCAAAACUUGUGGAGUUUGAAGGCGGUCCUCCGGUGCUUCGAGCUUAUGUCAGGCCUCGAGGUUAUGCAAGCAACGGCGUCGUUUCUUACUUGUAGUGUCGGCUCUCUCCCGUUUAAGUUCUUGGGGGUAAUGGUAGGAGAUAGCCCAAGGAAGAUUAAAAUGUGGAAGGAUGUGGUGCGGAGUGUGAAAAACAGGCUGGAUGUGUGGAGAGGGAGGGUCCCUAAAGCGGUAGUUAAAGUGCUAGUAACAAUUCAACGGAAUUUUUUGUGGAACGGUCUGGUUGAGAAGAAAGCCAUAUGCUGGGUGAAGUGGGAAGAUGUUUGCAGAGUUAAAGAAGAAGGGGGUCUAGGCAUCAGAGAUAUCGAGGGUAUGAAUGUUUCUCUUCUUAUGGUCAAAAACGGAACCAAAACGGCCUUUUGGUUUAGUAAGUGGAUAGGAAACCAAAGCCUUGCUGAAGCUUUCCGUGAGCUGUACGGCUUGGCUGCUAAUCAGUUUAUGACGAUGGCAGAAGCGGGGCGGUGGCAGGAUGAUGUCACGCUAGAGAAAGAAGGAGAAGACGAGUUCGAAUGGGAGGUUAAUGCGGCUCCCUCAAAGGUUCAAGUCCUAGCUUGGAGAAUGGUUUUGGAUAGGAUGCCGACGAGAUCGCAAUUGAAGAGGAGAGGCAUCCUCCAUGACGAAGCUGACUGUCGUUGUGUUUUCUGCUUAGAUCAUAUGGAGGAUUCUACUCAUCUUUUCGUGGAAUGCCCGGUGUUAGAGAAGAUUUGGGAAAAAGUGUGA